AUGUUUUCUGGCUCGAAUUCCUACCUCGGCGGCGGUGCCAAUGGCCGUCCGGGCCAGGCACCGUUCAUGCAGCAACAGCCCGCCUACUCGCAAUUCCCUCAAGGCCAACAGCAACCGCCGAUGCAACAGCCUCAGCCGACCGGAUUUACCGGACAACCCUCGCCAUUCAAUAACUCGCAGCUCCAGCCUCAACCCACCGGAUUCCCCGCCGGACAGCUCCAGCCGCAGUUCACUGGCUUCCCCGGUGCCGCCCUCCAGCCGCCACCACAACCUCAGCAACCACAGCAGCAGAGCUUCCAACCCCAAUAUACAGGAUACCCUCCCCAGAGUCAGUCCCAGCCGCAGGCCCCGCAAUUGCAAGGCUCCCAGGCUACUGGGCUGCCAAGUCGCUUGAAGACCUCGUCGGAGAUUGCGAACUCCUUCCAAGAUGGCGGGGUGCCUCCGCAGGUGCCACCCAAGACAGGGUCGAAGAUCCCUAGUAUCCGGCUGUCGUUUAUUACAGUGCAGGAUCAGGCCAAGUUUGAGCAGCUCUUCAAGUCUGCGGUUGGUGAUAGCAAGACGAUGGAUGGCGACAAAGCAAGAGAUCUUCUGAUGCGCUCCAAGCUCUCGGGCGGUGAUCUUUCCAAGAUCUGGGUCCUCUGUGAUUCCACCAAAUCCGGACAGCUGUUCUUCCCCGAGUUCGCGUUGGCCAUGUACCUGUGCAACCUGCGUCUCACUGGCCGCGAGAUUCCUUCCUCGCUACCCGAAACGAUAAAGAAUGAGGUUUCUAGUAUGGUUGACAUCAUCUCGUUCGAUGUCCCCGACACGCAGCCGGCGCCUGCCCCGCGAACAAACGUCCCCAACUUUGAUGCGCCGCUUUUGGAAAACAAGUCCACGCCACCGGUCGUUCAGCAGCCACAGCCGCAGCAGCCGAAUAACGCGCAACUUUUGUCGCAGUUGACCGCGCAGCCUACGGGGUUCCUCCCGCAGCAGACCGGCAUGCAGCAACCCAAUCCGAUGGGCUUCCCUGGCCAGAAUCAAUCGCAGUUCCUCCAGCCGCAGCAGACAGGAUUCAUGACCAACCCCCAGCCUACAGGAUACAGCGGUCCUCGUCCCCCGAUGCCGCCAAUGCCCACUGGCUUUGCUUCAAAUUUAAGCCCGGCGCAAACCGGUGGACAGGGCCUGGCCGCACAGCCCACUGGUGUUCCUGGUCAAUGGGGCUUUAUUAACACCCCAGCGCAAGGCCUGCCGAAUAUCGAGGCUAUGAAGCAGCAGCUUAUGCCCCAGCCGGGCCGCGAAGGUGGAUUCACCACCGCCGGUCUCUCGGGUAACGCCACUGUCGCCUGGGCAAUCACCAAGGAAGAAAAGAAAAUCUACGAUGAUCUAUUCCGUGCCUGGGAUGGGUUCCGUAAGGGCUUCGUGGGCGGCGAUACUGCCAUUGAAAUUAUGGGUCAAAGUGGAUUGAACCGACAAGAUCUGGAGCGGAUCUGGACUUUGGCGGAUCCUCAUAACCGUGGUAGACUCAAUAUGGACGAGUUCGCCGUGGCUAUGCAUAUGAUCUACCGAGCCUUGAAUGGGUAUCCAGUGCCCAACCGACUCCCACCGGAGCUUGUUCCCCCGUCUACGAGACAUUUGAAUGAUUCUAUUGGUACUGUCAAGUCGCUCUUGUCCCAGGAUGCCGAAUCUCGGAAGGCUACAGGGGCUUUCCUGCAGCCGCAGAAGACCGGUGUCAGCUACCUCAAAGAUCACUCAUUCCGUGGUGGCGGCCCAUCACCCGGGUUUGGCCGUAAAGAUGCUACAAUGUUCAAGAAUAACGACGCCGCGGGGGGAUAUCGUUCCAGUGCUCGUCGUCGCGUCGGCAACGAUCCUCGCACCCCGUCCCCUACUGCCUCUUCUCAAGCUUCAGAGGAAGAACUCGGUACGGAUCAGCUGCGGAAGAAGAUCCGUGAGACCAAGGUCAUGCUGGAAGCCGUUGAUUUCCAGGAUGAGAACCGAGCCGAGGACGACGAUGCUCUGGACCGUCGGGAUCGUCGCGAGGCAGAAAGCCUCAUGGACCGCAUUCGCCGUGUGCAGGACGACCUGGACACGCAUCCCAAUGCUUCGUUCCGCCAUCUGGAUAGCGGAGCUGAGCGCAGGGCUCUCCGCCGCCAGCUGCAGUCUUUCGAAGACCAAGUUCCGCAGGUUGCAUCUGACGUCCGUCGCCUUGAGAGGGAGAUUGCCGAUGCGAAACUCGAGCUUUUCCGUCUCCAGGAUGCCAAGGCAAACCCGGGCAGCGCCUCCAACAUUGUGGGCACUGGUCCUGGUGGAGCAGUGACCGAGGCGGACCGGAUCAAGGCCCGUGCCCGCGCGCGCAUGCAAGCUCGCGCUGCCGAACUUGCUGGACGCCCAGCUCCCGCAACCGAGGAUGAUGAUGGUCAGGCUGCCCGUCGGUUGGAAUCUGAGAGCGCCAAUGUGAAGGCGGAGCGAGAGCGGAAUGACACUAUGACUCGCGAUGUCGAAGAAAGUGUUCGCGAUUUUUCUCGGAGUUUGGAAGACAGUCUUCGGGACGAAAGCCAAAACUCUACCCGUGAGCACGAGAAACGCCGCUGGGAAGAUGCUUUGGGUGUUGAAGACGUGAUCCGCGACUUCAUCUACGACCUGAGCCGUAACAGCCGCACUGCCCAUGUGCGCAAGGAAGAGUAUUCUCCCGUGGCUGAAACUCCUGCUGCGCGCCCCUCGAUGCCCCCCUCUGUGGACUCCUCGGGAUCCCUUCCUGGAAAUACACACGAGGAUCGUGUCGCUGCUGCCCGAGAGCGUGCGCAAAAGCGGAUUGCCGAACGUAUGGCUGCUGCGGGUUUGAAGCCUAGCGAGGCGAACGAAACCCUUAUGCAGCGGCAAGAGCGGGAGAAGAAGGAGCGCGAGGAACGAGUCAAGCGCGCGGAAGAAGAGGAUGCCAAACGUGAUCAAGAACGGCAACGCCGUCUGGCUGAUGAGCAGCGUGGGCCUAGCACCGCCACUCCGAAGACGGUGGGCAAGAAGCCACCACCCGCUCCCCCGACGCGCAGGGCCCACGCGGACAACGCUGGCCAGGCUGAUGCUAAAACGGUAGAGGAGGCUGCCCGCGAACAAGCGAUUAAGGAAGAACAGGAAGCACAAGAGGCAGAGACCAAGCGGCUCGAGGAAGAAGCACGACAACGCGAGGGCGAAUUCCAAAAGGAGAAAGAAGCCCAAGAGGCUCGGCUGCACGCUCUCGAGGAGCAGGUCCGCCAGGGAAAGAUCAAGAAACAAGAAGAGAAGCGUCGCAAGGAGGAAGCCGACCGACAGGCUAAGGACCAGGAGUCCAAACUCGCGGCCCAACGCGCUGAACUGGAGAUGGCGAAGGAGCGCGAGCGUCAGCUGCAGCGUGAGCUGGAGGGGAUUGACGAAAGCUCGUCGGACGAAGAGGGCCCUGUCAACAUCACUCCGCAGGACAGCACGCCGACACAGAGUCAGGUCCUGUCCGCUCCCCCGCCAGUGCCCGCGAUAUCUGAACCCGAGCCGGUGCCUGAACCUGAACCUGAACCUGUGCCCAGCUCCCAAGCUAGCUCGCCUUCUGAAACUCGAGCCGUGCCUGCCGCGACCCCUGACGCCGAAUCUAAGAAUCCCUACUUCAAGAAGCUGGGUCAGCCUGCUGACGCGACCUCGCCGCCAGCUGCUGUCCAGUCCACCAACCCAUUCCAUCGCCUCACGCAGCAAGAGCCCGUUAAGCCAACCUUCACUGGGGCGGCUCCUUUGGAACGCAAGGCUCGGACGCGACCCGAAGAUGACGAUGACUGGUCUGCUGCCGGCUCCGAAUUCGACUCAUCGGACGAGGAUGAGGAGCGUCCGGGUGGCGGCAGCGCCAAGCAGCUUGCCAGCAUCCUGUUUGGCACUAUGGCGCCCCCGCGUCCUCUGAGUGCCAUGGACGAAGACAAGCCAUCGUCCAAUUCCGCGACCCCUGUGCAGGAAAGCCCCGUGGCUCCCCCGCCUCCUCCGCCGGUGGCCGUGUCGCCUCCUGCCGUCCCCGAAACCCAGCCUGAAGACCUCGCCUCCCCGCCGACUGGUGCUCCUCCCCCACCGCCCCCUCCUCCCCCUGGCGGUGCCCCGUCCAUCCCGCCGCCUCCGCCUCCUGGAGGUGCCCCUGGUAUUCCCCCUCCCCCGCCUCCUGGUGGUGCUCCUGCUGCGCCUCCACCACCACCGCCUUCCAGCGUGCCUCCGCCGCCUGCUCCCCCCGCUGCCGGUGGUGGCGGUGGUAAUCGCAGCGCCCUGCUUGCGUCCAUCCAGGCUGGUACAGGUCUGAAGAAGGUGCAGACGAAUGAUCGCAGCCAGAGUUCGUCGGCUGGACGCGUGCUGUGA